ACAUCCGGUUUGGAGCUGCACGUUCUCGGCGCUGGCUAGGUGCUGGCUAGGUGCUGACUACUGGGGUGCAGGAUUUUACCCAAUAAUUUAAAAUCUAGCCUUGUUAUUUAUACUUCAGUUAAUGACACGUAGCGGGGGAUAGUGUUGGUGUAAGUGAUUAACAGACAAUGGCACUCCAAAGGCUGUCAUUACGAGUACGACAAACUAUAAAUCAUGCUAGAGCCCUCCAUUCCACCUCUUUCUGCCAACAACAGGAGGCUCUGGCUGAUCACUCAUACCCAGACCAGUUUUCCAUCUUCAGAAGCCCAGAACAUGAUCCAGCAUCCCAGACAGAGAACCAUAUCGGACAGUUUUACACAGUGCCAGCUUCGCAUAUUCACACGCUCUUUCCCCAUGGGCUCCCUCUGCGAUACCAGCAGCAGAUAAAGACUUUUAAUGAAGCGUGUGUUAUGAUAAGACAACCAGCCCUUGAGGUUAUCUCCUAUCUUAAACAAACAGACUACAACAAACCUGCACUGCGAUAUAUAUUUUAUGGGACAAACGGCAGUGGAAAGACCAUGUCCCUUUGUCACACAAUUCAUUUCUGUUACACACAGGGUUGGCUCGUUCUGCAUAUUCCUGAUGCACACCGCUGGGUAAAGAACUGUAAAGAGCUGCUCCAGUCUUCCUUUAAUUCUGCUCGAUUUGAUCAGCCACUGCAAGCCACAGAAUGGUUACGCAACUUCAGGAUUACCAAUGAGUCUUUCCUAACAAAGAUAAAGACAAAACAUCGCUAUGUGUGGACAAAGAGAGAGUUCACAGAGGAAGGAAGUUUGCUGGGAGAACUAGUGGAUCAGGGUAUAUCUCGUGUGAAGAGCAGCAGUGACGUUGUGGGUGCCGUGAUGAAGGAGCUGAGGUUACAGAGUGGUCAGUCUGACGCAGCCUUCCGAUUGGUCGUGGCUGUGGACGGCGUCAAUGCGCUCUGGGGAAGGUCCACUAUUAAAAAGGAAGACAAGACUGCUGUGGAUCCAGAUGAGCUCACGUUGAUUCAUAACGCAAGGAAACUAAUGAAGAAUGACUGGAAUGGAGGAGCCAUCAUCACUACUUUAUCUCAGACUGGAUCACUUUACUCUCCAAAAUUAUCAUAUAGGCCUCAGGAACUGCUGGGACAGAGAGGUUUUGACUGCAUGGAUCCCUUUAUCCCUGUGUCGGUGCCCAACUACAGCGAGAAAGAAUUUGAGAGCUGCUACCUUUAUUAUAUCGACCGCCACUGGUUGCAGCAUCCACAAAGUCAUACAGAAGAAGGGAAAAAAGAACUAAUCUUUUUGAGCAACAGAAAUCCGUGGAUGUUGGACAAAAUUUGUGCGUUCUUAUAAUGUCAGCAGUGGGUUUCAAAGUGAUUUCAAACAAGAACCUUUUACCAUCGAGAUCAACAAUUCUCAAUGCAUUAUUCCAUCGUUUGAAUGGUCAAAAGCUCUCAAACGGGUGGCCAUAGCAGGAACUGAAACACAUGAAUAAUAAAUAUAUAUACACGUAAAACCGCAGACAUCCAUGCACUGUAUAUUAAAUACUGUAAAGUUGUUUUUGUAAAUAAAUGUGUGCUUUCAUAUU